UCAUUUGAGAAGUUUAAAUAUAUCGUUUUGGGUCAAGAUGUUCACUUUGUCUCAAGGUUUUAAGCAUAUUAUAAGCGAUCUUACAAAAACUAGGUCAUCUUUUAGUGAAUCUAGGUCAACCAGGCUCCACGGUUGAAAGAGGGGUGUCCAGGGUACAGGAGAAUAUGCACUGUCACUGGCGAGAUUGUCAGGCCUGGAACCAGGAGGGCCUGCCUCUCUCCACCACCAGCAAUGAGGCCUGUAAACUCUAUGAUGCUGUUCUUACUCAGUACACUGGUGUCUACGAUGAUGCAAGUGUAGGAGGAAUAGCCACUUCAAUGAAAGCAAUGCUUGCUGCUGACCCUAACUUUGUCAUGGGACGAGUCCUGACUAAUGGGUUGGACCUGAUUGGCACAGGGAGGACCAUCAACCUUGACCCAGAUUUCAAGGCUGCCAUCAAUACAAUGACUGAUAUGGCUGCAAAGCAGGAUAUCACAGAGAGGGAGAGACAGCAUGCUAAAGCCAUUCAAAUGUGGGCUGAGGGUGACACAACCGGGGCCUGUCAUGUAUGGGAAGACAUCUUGGUGGCGCACCCUACAGAUAUGUUGGCACUGAAAUUUGCCCACGAUAGCUACUUCUAUCUGGGCUAUCAGCCCCAUAUGAGAGAUUCCAUAGCCAGGGUAUUACCGUACUGGAAACCCACCAUGCCUUUGUAUGGAUACCUGUUUGGCAUGCAUUCCUUUGGCCUUGUGGAAACCAGUCUUUUCUCAGAGGCAGAGAAGGUGUCCAGGAAGGGACUGGAUAUCAACCCGAAGGAUGCCUGGUCCACCCACUCCCUGGCACACGUGCUGGAAAUGAUGGGAAGACAGGAUGAAGGGAUUUCUUUUCUUAGUACAACUGUUAGAGACUGGACGACCUGUGGAAUGUUGGCCUGCCAUAAUUUCUGGCACUGGGCUGUCUAUCACAUUGAAAAGGGUGAACAUACAGGUGCUGUGGACAUAUUUGACUCAGAGGUGGGAGAGAGAUGUAAGAAAUCUGGAGCCAUGUUGGACAUUGUGGAUGCCUGCUCCCUGUUAUAUCGCCUGGAACUGGAAGGAGUGAAUGUUGGUGAUAGAUGGAACGAUGUGUUUGAAACUUGUCGUCCACACACGGAUGAUCACAUCCUGGCGUUUAAUGACGUCCACAUUCUCAUGUCCUGUCUAGGCGCCAAGAAGAAAGAUGUUGCCAAGGAGAUGAUGGAAUCAAUCAGAGAGUUUGUUAAAAAUGGUAAAGGCACCAACAGAGAUGUUACGGCUGAGGUAGGUCUGCCACUUUGUGAAGCAUUUGAAGCUUAUGAUUCUGGAGAUUUUGCUCGGGCCGUGAACCUUCUAAACCCGCUGAGGUACAAAGUUCUUAGCAUAGGGGGAAGCAAUGCACAGAGAGAUGUUUUCAAUCUAUUCCUGAUCAAUGCAGCACUGAAGUCAGAGGACAAGAUGCACCAUAAGUUGGCAAGGUGUCUGUUGGCAGAGAGAAAAUGUCUGAAAGAAAAUGCACCAAUGACAGAUCGUUUGACGGAACGUGCCAUGGCUCUCCAUGCUGAUUAGGAAGUUGACUAGUUUUCAAAGAAGUGCAUAAGUGAUUUAUCCAGUAUUUGACAGCAAAAAAGAAGAAACAAAAUAAUACAAUUUCAAUAAAAAACCAAUAUAAUUGAUCAUUUUUGCCAGAGAUUGUCAGAUUUAAAUGACUGAAAUUGAGUGGCAUUUACAUAAUUAUGCAUCAGAUUUAUUUUUUGUAAAAAACUAUAAAUGUUAUUGUGUGCCUUUGACUUGGGCUGGUUCAAGAUAUGUUUGAGAGAGAAUGCCUUUAUAUGGAUUAUCAAAAGAUGCAAAUUAGUUUAAAUUUUGGAUUAAUUGUCAUGAUAGAAUAGUUCGGCAUAUGCCAAUAAAUUUUCUACUUGUUAAAACAAAUUGAUGUUCUUUGAUAUAUAUAUAAUAUAUAUAUAUUCAGUUAAGCCAAUGAGCUAAAUUUGCUAUGCUAUUUUUGGGAAAGUGUAUAUUUUUGUAUGUGCCAUCAAACGAAUUAAAUUCGUGGAAUAAAAUAUAUGCAGUAUUUA